AGAAGGACCGGGCACGGCUCACCGCGCGCGGCGCAUCCGCGGCAGCUGCGGACCCGACGGCGUCCGCCCCCUGCCCGGUCCCGCGGGCCGCCGCGGACGAGAGGGCCUCGGGCUACGGGGCUGCGCUCGCGAGGGGCUGUGCGGGCGGCGUGGCUGCGCGGAGGACCGACACCAUAGGGCCUCUGAGCUGCUAGAGACUUCAGCCUUGGUGGCCAGACGCUCCCAACACACUGCUCGUGCUUGCAGCUUCAGGAAGCCGCUCCUCAGGCUGUACCCAUCCUAUUUGGCAGCCCAGCUACCAUGGAGGCCCCAGAAGUCCCUGUGGGCUCCCUGAUUGACUUUGGGACUGAACCACCUACCUCCCCUCCUUUGGAAGCUGCACCUUCAACACUCCAGGACCCAGAUGGCUCCCUGGGUGAUGGUGCCUCUGAGAGUGAGACCACCGAGUCCGCAGACAGUGAGAACGACAUGGGCGAGUCACUGUCACACCCAUCCUGGGACCAGGACCGGCGCUCCUCCUCCAAUGAGUCCUUCUCCUCCAAUCAGAGUGCUGAUUCAGCCCCAGAUGAGGAGACCCUGGCACUUCGAGAGUUCAUGCGCAGCUAUGUAGAGAAGAUCUUCUCUGGAGGGGAGGACUUGGACCAGGAAGAGAAAGCCAAGUUUGGAGAGUACUGCAGCGGAGAAGAUGGGAAAGGCCGGGAGUGGUUCGCACGCUUUGUGAGCGCACAGCGCUGCAAGUCCAAGUGUGUGUCAGAGCCAACCUUCUACCGUCUGGUGCAGUCCUUCGCGGUGGUCCUGUUCGAAUGCCACCAGAUGGACGACUUCGGGCCAGCCAAGAACCUCAUGACCAUGUGCUUCACGUACUACCAUCUGGGCAAGCCGCACCUGCCCCCUACAGAGCCCAGGGAGAAGCCAGCAGGCAGCAUUGACUCCUACCUGAAGUCAGCUAACAGCUGGCUGGCGGAGAAGAAGGACAUCGCUGAGCGGCUGCUGAAGAACACGGAGAACGUGAAAGGCUUCUUCGGGGGGCUGGAGACCAAGCUGAAAGGACCACUGGUCAGGAGAAAUGAGGAAGAGGAGAGCAAGCCUAGAGACAGACAGAUGAAGACUGUGACCGUGAUCAGCCCCGAGGAUGAGCAGAAGGGGGAGAAGGUUUACCUGUACACGCACCUGAGGCAGCAACCCAUCUGGCACACGCUGAGGUUCUGGAAUGCGGCCUUUUUCGAUGCUGUCCACUGUGAGAGGCGGAAGCGAUCCCCCACCACCAGGGAGAAAUGGUGCCACAUGACCCAGGAAGAACGGGAUGACAGCCUGCGCUUCAAUGAGAACAUCACCUUCGGGCAGCUGGGCACGUUCACCCACAACAUGCUGGCCUUUGGUUUGAACAAGAAGCUGUGCAGCGACUUCCUGAAGAAGCAGGCUGUGAUCGGCAAUCUGGAUGAGGAGCAAUACAAGCUGCUAAGUGACCACAUUGAGCAAAUGGCCACAGAGUAGGAGAUCACAACAUGCUCUUCUCUCAGGAGCUGUCACCCCAGUGAUGACCCUGCAUGACACCAGCAGCACCCAGAGCCUCUCCUUGCUGCCCUAGAAUUAGCAGUUAAAAGACUCCAGAAGCCUGUCUCCCCCUGCCUGUGUCUCCUCUCCCUCUAUGUAUAAGGUGUCCCUCGGCUUACAUAGCUAAACAUAAGGGACCACCUAACCUACCCCCCCACCCAUCCUUGAGCACCAGGCUUAUGAGAUGAGACGGAGGAUGGAGGGAGAGGCCAUGAGGUAUGGUCCCCCGAGUUCCUGCUGAGAGCCAGGGACAUGUGGUCACAGAGCUGCAGGAGGGGAUCCACACAGCUGCAAUGUGAGGACAGAAUCAGUACUGGGAGUGACAGCCUGCCACUCCCUGCCACAGGACUUCCUGUGAGCGUAAGCUGUAUAGAAGGACCAUGGAGCCUUCCUGAAAGAUCUUGGCUAUCUUCUCCACCUCCUAACGGGACAGGAACUGAAAGAGAACUCAAGGGUUGUCACUUUCCUAGGGGCCUGAGCGUUCUGCCAGCCACAGCCAUGCCUCAGACUCAAGAGCUCCGUCAACAGAACCUAUGGACUGUGCACUCAACACAAUCUCUCCUUCGGUAGCACAGAAAGUCCUUCACCUCCCGGACAGCAGCAGUAUAUGUCAUGGGGUGCAAGAAGCAUGGGGAGAUGUUGUUUUUAGCAGCUCUGGGGGGACAGCCUUGCUAAGAGCAGUCAUUCAGCUGGAGCACACAGAACGGAUCUGACUGAGGGAGGAGACCAUGGGGAAGCAAGGUUGCCUGGUAGCUCCAGCCCACAAUCCUCUCCUUCUGAAAGACCUGCCUCCUCUGCAUCUUUGUACCAGGUCUGACCCCCAGCUCCCAGCGUGCUGGCUCCAGAGCUGCUGUUCUCGUCCACCCCUGUGGCCUCCGUCCCUCCUGUGCAGCCAUUCUGGCCACUGACCUAGAACUAGGCCCGCAGGCUCUCCUGUCACCCUGUAUCACCUCAUCCUUCUCUGUCCCUCAGCCUUCAGUCACAUUUAGUCACGGUCUGCCUGUGAGCACAGUGGUUCUCUUCUGACAUCUGUGAACUCAGCUGGUGUGGGCGAGCCUUUCCUGUGGGAAGAGCCUCCCUUGGAUGCCCAAAGGAGAGCAGGAUAGGCCGAGCUGUGGAAUGUGCGUUUCCUGGAUGUUGGGGAUGACUGAGGCAGAACGUCAAUCACCCCGAGCUACUGUAGCAAACGCUGACAGGCAGAUCAGCUCCUGAUGGCACAAGAUGUGCCAACUAGUACACCUGACCCAGCAUAGGAUCCUAUAACCACGCCUGUGUCCUCUCUGUGUCUUAGGGACGUGACAUAAAGUGAGGUCGCCCUUGCUAUGUCCCGCUGUCCUUUCUAGAGCCUUCCUCAGCUGUGCAAGCAUGGUAGCCACUCCUUGCUCCUCCCAGUCCUGCAGCGGCAUGAGUUCCGGUAUAGGAGGACGCGACUCCGAGGUGCUGUGAGAUGCAUCGUUCUUGUACAGCAGCACCUGUGGUCUGACCUCGGCCUUGCCCUCGUGCCACCACGGACCACCUUAAGGGGCAGUGUGCCAAUGGUUCCAACACAGACUUCAGAAGUGACUUUGAGACUGUCCCCACCAACCUUUGAGACAGUCACUUAGGGAAGAAGGAAGGAUGGCUCUCUCUUGUCUGUCUCUUUCUUGUUCAUUAUUGUUGCAAAGCCAGCUCCACAGUCAGAAAAUUCUGACCCACGUUAGACCCACAUGCACUGCUAAGGACAUGGUAACCCUUCGGGGACAAGGCAGCCCUUGAUGGAAGCAAAGCUUGCAGGUGCCUGGGGGUGGUCCCACCAUCGCCUGCAGAUGUCCUCUGUUCACAGCUAGAUUUAGUGAGCAUUUCCUGUCUAGGAGCCUCUAGCCAGUGUCUCUGGGAGGUCACUAAUCCACCCCUGAGGUACUCUUUCUUCCUGUCAUAGCUUUCUCCUAGGGCCCACCAGGCAGGCAUGAACCCAGCUCGCUGGCAGGAACUCCUUGGCUGCCCUGCUGAGCUUGUGAACCACAGACAGUUCAGAUUACCUGGAUAAUUCCAGGCAGUAUCUCCAGUCUUGGCUGGUAGUGGCCCAGAUCUAUGCAGGCCCAUUAGCACACAUUCAAACCGUCCUGGGUUAUGACCUUCAAGGUGUACAAAUCAGUGUCAAGUACAUUAUAGUGUUUGCCCUCUCAGGGAAAAAAAAAAAAAAGUCCCCUGUUCUGAAACCAGGCCAGUAGUGGGCCACAGCUCUGCUGUGUUCAGCUUAUCAGGAUACUGUGGGGGUUGGAGGCUAACCACGGCAGCCUCCAGGCUACUUCUGCUGAGUGUCUAGCCAAAGGCAGAGCCGCGUUGUUACCACAUUGAGAGAUCUGCAUUGUUCAGCCUGCCAGACUGUGAUUUUCCUCUGGUCUGAGACACAGAGACACUGAGGAGCCUGGCAUCUCAAGUGGCCUGGGGUCAAGGCUAGUUUUCAAGCUUCAUCUGCACAGGAAGGAGGUCUUCCUAGCUGGGCCUAUUGUACAUCUGUAGUCCCUCAGGAGGUGGGGGCAGGAGGGAGAAUCAGUAGUUCAAGGUCCUCCUCAGCUACAUAGGGGGUUCAAAGCCAGCCUGGGACCAAUGAAACCUGGUCUCAAAAAAAAAAAAAUCAAAUAUGGUCCUAGGUAUGCAAGGUGGGCUUAGAGCCAGUGCCCUAGCUUGAGACUUAGCCUGAUGCAGAAAUGGGAUUCACAGCCUGCCUUUUCCCUCCUCACCUGAGAGGAAGCAGUGGGUGGUCUGACCCUGUUUCUGCAGCCCAGGGACACAGGGCUCAUGGACAGUGCUCAACUCUAGAAAUACCUGCCACUCUAGGUUGCUAAUGGGAGGGACCCAGGCGUCCGUGUGGGGAAGUAUGUGGAAAGCGGAGGUCUAAUUGUGAUGUUAGCAGUCCCGGGCCACAAACUCACACCCAGCCUUGCCCUUCCUGGGCACCAAACUCCAACCAGUUUUCUGUUAGGGAGGGAAGGUCAGCUAGAACAGAUUUAUUCCGGUUCCCAGCCCACAUUCGGCCUGGAGACUUGAGAACUAGAGGAAGGCAGUAGGAAGAGACUCUGGGAGGUGGCACUGGCCCCACAGCCUCAGGGAAAUGACAGGACCCUUCUCAGCAGAGAUUCCUUGUCUCCAGGCUCCUGCUCCCCUCCCCACCCCCACCCCCCCAGGCAGCUGCAAAGCCCUCACUAAGGGCUGAGCCUGCCCCAUCUCGUCUCUGGUGCAGAUCAGCCUCAUAGCACAGCCUCGGGUCUGUUUAGAUUGAGAAGCUGCAGGUGGAUGCCCAUGUUCAUAGACCUCCCCAGGAAGGUGGUGAUUUGGGGGACCAGCCUCACUGCAGACUCCAGGCUCUGACCGUCAGUGGCCUGGGCCCAGCUGCAAGCCAUGCUCCCCUGAGAGCUGUAACUCCAGAGACUUUGCACUUUAUGUAGAAAGGAGCCCUCCCUAUGGAUUGCCUUGGCUUUGAUCCUGAGCUAAGGCUGGUCUCAUCCCGUCCUCACUCCUAGAUGAUGGGCGUGUUACUGAGAAGUAGGAAAGAGACCCUGCCUGGGGAAGAAGGUUGGCUCACAGCCACCCUUGCAAGAAGUGCUGGUUUAGCAUCAAGAGCCCUGGUCAGUGGCCUUGGAUUGUGACUUCAUGAUAAAGAUCCUUGGGAGGGAUGAGUUGUCAUUUGACAGCUAGGAGAUACUAGAGGCUCAGACAGCUGGCAUGUAUCCCCAUGAAUUUUCGAGGACCUGGACCAUCGGCUGCCUUGGCUGUACCUGGUUUUAAAUGCAGCUUUCUGUAGAGAUCCUCCCUGCAGUCUGUUCUUUCUUGGGAUUCCACAUCCAUUUCUUGCCAGCAGCUCCCAGUGAUGCUGUGUUUUGUAUGUUAGUUACACAACUUUGUGUCCUGCCAGGUCAUGUUCUAAAAUUAAGGUUGAGAAAGGUGUGAGGUCGAAGAUGUCAGGCAGUGCUGUUUCCUGUGAAGAAGGAAAAAAAAAGUGUAUAUAUCCAUAGUUAUAGUACUUUGUCUUGUCAGGAGGUGAAAACUGAAAUAAAUUAUCUUUUAAAAAGAA